UCCCACCCCACCGCACCCGACCCUACCCACGCCCGCGUCAAGCGCGGAGGGAAGCGGAGGACGCGCGCGUGUCGGGCUCGGCCGACCGUUGCCCCUCAGCUCAGCAGCCAAGCUCAGCUCCCCCCACCGCCUCUCACCUGCCCCGUCCCCAAUACCCAAUCGCCGAGCCGAGAAGCGGGGGAGGAGCCUUAGCUCGCCACCAGCCGCCAGCCCCGGGGCGUGAGGAGGGGCAGGGCGGCGGACUUGGAACUCCGGCCCGGCCGGUCCUGGCGCUGGUGCUGGUGCGGGCGGACGAGCGGGGGAGCCAUGUCCCCGCUGCCGGGGCUGCGGCCCGAGUUGCGCGACAGCUGCGCCUCGCUGGGGCUGAUGCUGUCGGUCGUGCUGUUCAUGGGGUUGGCACGCUCGAUCGUUCGGAAGGAGCUCCACAGGCCCGCGGCCCACGCCUUUAUCUUGGAGUUUCUAGCCACCUUUCAGAUCUGCUGCUGCACCCACGAGCUACUGCUGCUGAGCGAGCAGGACUCCGCGCACCCCACCUGGACGCUGACUCUCAUCUACUUCUUCUCACUGGUGCACGGCCUCACUCUGGUGGGCACCUCCAGCAACCCGUGCAGCCUGAUGAUGCAGGUGAUGCUGGGGGGGAUGUCCCCUGAGAUGGGGGCGACGAGGUUCUUAGCUCAGCUCUUGAGCGCCCUGUGCAGCAGGUACUGCAUGCGCGCCCUGUGGAGCCUGGGUCUGACUCAGUAUCACUUUAACGAGAGGAGCUUCACUUGCCACAAUCCCAUCCAUGCUGACUUGGCCAAGGCGGUUAUCACAGAGGCCAUGUGCUCCUUUAUCUUCCACUGCGCUCUGCUGUACUUCCAGGAGGUCCGAGCCAAGCUUCGUAUCCACUUGCUGGCUGCACUCAUCACCUUUUUGGCCUACGCAGGAGGAAGUCUAACAGGAGCUCUAUUUAAUCCAGCUUUGGCACUUUCACUUCAUUUCAUAUGUUUUGAUGAAGCUUUUCCUCGAUUUUUUAUAGUAUAUUGGCUGGGUCCUUCUUUAGGUGUACUGUUGAUGAUUUUGAUGUUCAGCUUUUUCCUACCAUGGCUGCAUAACAGCCAAACAAUUAAUAAAAAGGAGUAACUAUUCCAAAAGACUCAGACUAAGUUAUAGGACAGUCAAGCUGGAUGUGACAAAGAUUUUAUUAUCUCGUACUGGCUGCACUGGAUUCAUCAGUGUUUUAACUUCCACUGAGAAAGUUGUCUUAAAAGGUUUCUGGGACUUAAACAAAUUACUCUAAAAAUGAGGUAUUCUGUAUUUCUCAAUCAACACUUGUUCUUUUGAGUGAUGUAUUAAAUGCUGCUAAAAAAGACCGAUUCAUUAAAUUUCACAUAGAACCUCAA